AUGACAAACAAGAAGCGGCGCAACGACAACAAGUCACAUCGCCCGAACAAGAAGCAGCGAAAAGCGCAAGCCUACAACAGCGACUCCGAGCCGGAAGAGGAGCAGCAGCAGCAGCAGCAGCAGCAGGCCUUUGACCCCGUCAACCUGCUGGAUUCCGACGACGACAUUCACAAUGCGCCCGCGGACGAUGGUGCUGGUGCCGACGAGGACUCUUCUUCGAGCUCUGACGAGGAGGCGCCUGUAGAGAAGACGAAGAAGGCAGUUGCCAAAAAGUCAAAGUCCAAAAAAUCAGAGUCAGAGCCGGAAACUGCACAGCAGGAGGACGACGACGAUGAUGAUGAAGAGGGACAAGAUGAAGCAGGAGAGGGCGAGUCGGACGACGACGACGACGAUGACGACGAGUUUGACCUUGGCGUAGACGCACCAAAGACAAAGUCAAAACGAAACGACCCGACGGCCUUCGCGACGUCGCUCUCCAAGAUUCUGUCAACCAAGCUAUCCGCAUCAAAACGGUCCGACCCCGUGCUCUCCCGGAGCGCCGCCGCGCACGAAGCCUCCAAGGCCGCCGUGGACAUUGCCCUCGAGGCCAAGGCCCGCAGGAAGCUCAAGGAGCAGAAGAGGGUCGCGCUGGAAAAGGGCCGCGUCAAGGACGUCCUGGUGGCGUCGGUGGACGAGUCGGGCGAGCCGGAGAUGACCACGUCGGAGAUCCUGGCCAUUGAGAAGACGCUGCGCAAGACGGCGCAGAGGGGUGUCAUUCGCAUGUUCAACGCCGUACGCGCUGCUCAGGUGCAGGCGGCGGAGGCGGAGAGGGCGGCGAGAAAGGAGGGCAUCAUUGGUGCCAAGUCAAGGGAGGAGAAGGUCAACGAGAUGAGCAAAAAGGGUUUCUUGGAUUUGAUUGCUUCGGGGGGUGGCGGCUUGAAGAAGACGCCGUUGGAAGAGGCGUAG